UUGUCCGGGAGUGAGGCCGCUGAGCGGCGCACGGUAGCCAUCCACACCCAUGGGUGCAAGCUCAACCAGGCUGACAGCCAGACGCUGGCCCGCCAGUUCCGCGAGGCUGGCUACGUGGUGGUGGGCCCGUCAUCGGCCGCUGAUGUGGUCGUAUUGAAUACCUGUACUGUCACUGCAACCGCUGACUCCAAGGCGCGCCAGAUCUUGCGCUCCUCUCGCCGACGAAAUCCUGACGCCGUGGUUGUUGCCACCGGCUGCUAUGCACAGCGUGCUCCCGCGGAACUGGAGAAAAUGGACGCUGUUUCCCUGGUCGUCGGCAAUACGGCCAAGUCCGACCUUGUGGCUGCAGCCAGCUUGGCCCUGAAAGUUCCGGCUGCGCAGAAUGUUCCAGCAGCCCAACCUGGGACCAGGGAAGUAGGCCGUACCCGAGCAAUGGUGAAGAUACAGGAGGGGUGCGACCAGGUCUGUGCGUAUUGCAUCGUUCCUAAGGUGCGCGGGCGGGAACGCAGCAUUCCAUCUGAGACGAUAGUUGCCGAGAUAAAUCGCCGUGCUGCAGAGGGCUGCAGGGAAGUUGCUCUUACCGGAACACAGCUGGGAACCUACGGGUUCGAUAUCCCUGGGUGGGAUCUCGUUCGUCUUCUGGAGCGAGUACUUGGAGAGACCAGCAUAGAAAGACUGAGAGUCUCCUCGCUGCAGGCCCACGAAAUCACGGAGGGGCUCCUGGGACUCUGGAAUAACCCGCGGUUGAUGAGGCACUUCCACAUUCCGCUCCAGAGUGGGGAGCGAUUUAAUUCUCCGUCGGAUGCGUCGCCGAUACAGCAGACCGGAGUUUGCGGACGCUGUGUCCUUGGUGCGUUCAAGGUUGCCGGACGCCGGGAUUACCACCGACAUCAUAGUGGGGUUUCCUGGUGA